UAAUAAACCACUGCGUUCCGCCAACCACAUCUCUUCCAAGGUCUUUAGGUUUCCUUUCACUCCAUCAACCAUGAAGAUUGCUGCUGUUACUGCCCUGGUUUCUGUUGCUUUGGCCACCGUCGACCCGCUCGCUGAGAUCUCUGCUCACUGGGAUGAUCUAGGGGAUCUCAUCGACGACAGCCUGCCUAUGCUUCAGGCAGCAGAUCCGAAACUGUAUGCGGUUGCCACUUCAGUCAUCGGUGGUACCAAGAUCACCCAAGCCUUCGACAGUGAUCUUGUCCAGCAGGUCGCAACUGCAUUUCCGCCAGAGAUUGUGAACAACAUCUUGUCGCGUGCUGGCAUUACUGGGUUCACUGCCAACGGCAAGCCCAUACCUACAGGUGGAAGUGAAACUUCAUCUGCAACCUCAUCUCCAUCAGAUGCAUCGACAACGUCUGGUGCCAGCAAAUCCAUGACAAUUGCCCCAUCCAGGCUGACUCUAUCUGCCUCUGCUUCGCCAACAAGUGCCUCGCCAACAGGUAAAUCUCCAUCAUCAGGCUCGUCAGCUUCAGGUACUGCCAAGUCAUCCACCUCAGUGGCUUCAAAAAGUACCAGUGGCGCCACCAAUGUCCUGACUGGCUCAUUCGGCACUGCAGUCGCCAUUGCUGUUGCUGUAGCACUCUUCUAAGGUACAAAUGGAGAUCACAAACAAAC